GUUGCGCAGGGCGCUUACCCAAGGGAAGUCCUCUGCUGCCGUCCUCAAGCUAAAACGCAGCAAAAUGACAAAACCAACUUUUAAGGUCCGACAAAUGACUCCACGAUCAGUGACGGUGAAGUCCAGAUGCGAAGAUAGCUGAUACUGCAGUUCUACUUGCCACACCAGCCAUCCUCACCCUGUCGGCCUGCAUGUUGCUUCUUCACACCUCUUUUAAAGGAUCCCAGGUUGUAAGAGGGAGAAAACACGUGAGUGGGCAGAGCAUUCCAUUUACGGAUAGUGCGAUAAAGAAAUGAGUCACCAAAUUUCUUUGUACGCGUUGGAAUUGCGGCACAGUUAGACGGUGACAACGUAGGCCAGCUUCUGAAGGAAAGGGGAAGGUGGAAUAAGGUAGAAUAACUCCUCAGAACACUUACCGUGGUACAUAGAACGCGAUAAGUGACACCACGUCACGUCAAUAUAGAAUAAGAUAUAGAUCUUCAUAUACACCAAAAAUAAUACCAUUCACACUAUAUAAAUGUUAUUUCUCCUUUUUGAAUACCCACUGAGUUUACGCUCUGGCAAUUCUGCGACAUACAUUUCUGCACCCCAACCCUCAACUCUACGAUUUCCAUUGUCUAUGAACCCACCCCCUGACGUCACAGUGAAAAUCGACCAAUCCCGACGGGCACGGUGCUCCACGGCCCUCACAAGUACGUACAGCUAGUGUGGCCGCACCGCGCAUCACUUCGCACCUUUUUAUCCACUGUUUUCGUUUUGCGACAAUAAUGUUCCGUUCGAUUACGCUAUAUGCUGUGAUGGAAAUCGUUUAAAAUGUGUACAUAACAUAAUCGUAUAUUUGUGAAGUUUGUAAAUGGUUUCAUUUUAUUUUUACACCGGAUUAUCAUAGGUUUCUAAAGUUACGUUAGGGGGUGGUGCCGUGAUGCCAGUUCGUAAGCAAGAGGCCCACCGAGCAUUAGAACUGCUGGAAGACUACCACAGUAAGCUGGUGAAACCCCAGGACCGCCAACUGCGUCUCGCCAUUGAAAGAGUCAUCAGAAUAUUCAAAUCCAGGCUUUUUCAAGCUCUUCUAGGUAAGAUUUUACAUAAGCCUCUAAUUCUCUAUCAACUUAGAAGCUCGAUCGGCUCACUGAAAUACUUACCUACCUCAAUGUCAAAGCAAUAAGAACACAUAAAUAAUACAUUUAUGAAGCAGGUGUACUUAUUCCAGAAAAUCUUCAAAAUAAUUAUUAACUUUAGGUAACCUUAACGUUACCGGACUAUAAUUUAUAUGAAGCGUUAUGCUUAUCAUGAUGAAGAAAUUGUUAUCAUUAUAGUUUUAACAAAGAAAUAAGGUAAGAAUUAUAAAGCCUUUAUUAACCAGAAUAAUAUUAAAAUAACUAGGAAAUAACAGUUCAGUUUGUUAAUUAUAGAUGCGUUAAGAUUGAAAAAGAAGAAGUAAGAAUAUGACAUGGCCAAUCACGACCAUAUUUACUUGUGACCAUUUAUCUAUCUGUGACCUUAAAUAAGUUCAUGUUUGAGUUCAUUGAACUAUUAUCAUGCAAAAGUAUUGAUGAACCACACGUACGCUAUUUACGUACUGGACUGUAUAUAUAUCUAAUCGGUAAUUAAUUUUUACACUUAUGCCACGUUGCCCUUAAUACGUC